CUGUUCAAAUUGAUUAAAACCAUUAAAUCAUUUCGACAUAUUACAUUUUCUGCGGAAAAUACGCCGCUCUUUAGACACUUUACCGGAAGACAACGUCAGCUCGAGACUCAUAUCAGUUGACCGGAAUGAAGGGACUUCAUCUUAUCACACUCUCGCUGGCCAGAAGAUUAACAUUCUUUGGUCGUAAGCCUCUUUCGGGGUGAUUUUUUUUUGCAGAUAAAGCGCACCUCUGGGUGCCUUAAAAAAUAUGAACAACUCAAAAACACAUCAGUAAAUCGCGAAAUUUCACCUGAAGCACUCACUCAAUUUCUCUAACCAUGAAGAACAUCCUUCUAGUUCUGGCAAUUUGCCUCGUGGGAUUCACGAGUGCCAAUGAUGUGGUCUGCGUCGGUCAGGCAGAUGACAGUUUCGUCGCCGAUCCCACAUCCUGCUACGGAUACUACCUGUGCAGAGGAGAGGUUGGCUUACCAGGCACAUGUCCCUACGAUCUCUGGUUCGAUCCUGUGAACAUUUGGUGCACUUAUCCUGGAGACUUCUGCUCGGAGUCACCGUGCGCAGGUGUUGCCGACGGCACCUUCGUGGACAAUCCCUCAUCCUGUGGCGCUUGGUACUACUGCAGUGCCGGCGUGGGUCAUCCUGGUGUGUGUUCCGACGACUUGUACUUCAAUCCUGAGAAUCAGACAUGCACCUAUCCUGAGUACGUGGACUGCACGUCAGGACCCACAGAUCCUGCGCCACCUGUUGAUCCGGAAGUGCCAGCAGUGGCCUCCCCAUAUGCUGACGCCGUCCCAGCUCCACCAGUCGCUUGAGGCAGACCACAGAGUCUCUCUCUCUCUCAUCAAUCACACCAUUAACUCUCUCCCUUGUCGAGCUCAGCUUAUCAAUCAUGAUUUCCACGCAACAAUUCAUUUUGUUGGUCCCAAAAUAUUGACAUGUAUUGCUGGCAAUUAUCUUGUCCUCUAUCAUGUUCCCUGUGUUUAUGAAAUAAAGGGAGGAGAUUGUUAUAUGUGCGUCUCAUUUCAUGACAAAUUGACAGUAAAUCCAUGACUCUCUGUUUUGUCUUUGGUAAAAAAGGGGAAAUCAAGAAGGCGGAUUAAAAGAUGAAGUACAAAUCUCAGAUGUGAUAACAAAAAAAAAAAUUGUCUGAUUAGAUAAUGUUGUGAUG